AUGGGGCCCCCGGGCAAUAGGGGAUCAUGGGUCCCCUGUGUCCUUGCCCAAACUCAAAAAAGCCUAUGAAAAAGUAAGACCCAAUUAAGUCCUGAAAUAAGGGAGAUAAACAGUAAAGUACAACCACUGUGCAGCUCUACAAAGCAACAGAGCAUGCAAAUAUAGAGCAUCCCUGAACAGGGGCGAACUGACAACUCAUGGUGCCCCGGGCAAUAGGGGAUCAUGGGGCCCCUGUGUCCUUUCCCACAUUCAAAACACACCCAAAAAAGCCUAUAAAAAGGUACCAAGGGUAUUUCAUGGGGCCCCCUACUGACCCCGGGCCCUCGGGCAGUGCCCGAGUGCUCGAAUGGUCAGUCCGCCCCUGUCCC